AAGAGUCAAGACAAGAAACUCAUCGAAGUAAUCAAAACAAACAAACUUCUGUGUUUUUCAUAAUUUUUACCAAAAAGUACUCUAAAAUACAGGAAAAUCGCUAUGAAAUUGUAUUGUUUGAAUGGUGACCCGGCAAAACCAUGCAGCAUUCUCAGUUUCAAGGAACUUCUCAUUAUGCUGGAUUGUGGGCUGAAUGUGAAGACAGUCCUCAAUUUCUUGCCCCUGCCAUUGGUCCAGAGUUCAAGAUUCAGUUCCCUGCCCAACUUUAUUCCCCGGGACCACGAUGCCCAAAUCGAUGGAGAGCUGAAGGAAUGCUGCGGGAGGAUUUUUGUGGACUCCACGCCGGAAUUUGCUCCACCUUUGGAUAAAAUUGUGGAUUUCUCUGAAGUUGAUGUCAUCCUCAUUUCCAAUUACAUGAAUAUGCUGGCACUGCCUUUCAUCACGGAGGGUACGGGCUUCAAUGGGACGGUAUAUGCCACAGAGCCAACUCUCCAGAUUGGUCGGUUUUUCCUGGAAGAACUCGUGGAGUACAUUGAAGUGGCCCCGAAGGCUGUUGUGGCGUCUCAGUGGAAGGACAUCUUGCAUGCUCUGCCUCCGCCGCUGUCGGAAUCAUUCAAGCCAAAAUGCUGGAAGCACAUCUUUACCAUGGAAGCUGUUCAUAACAGCCUAGCCCGGGUUCAGAUUGCAGGAUACGAUCAAAAGCUGGACAUUUAUGGUGCACUGCAGGUGAUUCCUGUGAGUUCGGGGUUUUGCUUGGGUUCCAGCAAUUGGAUACUGAGCUCAGGGCAUGAAAAAGUGGCGUAUAUCAGUGGCUCAUCUACCCUGACGACCCAUCCUAGGCCCAUCAACCAGGCUGCUCUCAAGUAUGCGGAUGUUAUUAUAAUGACUGGGCUGACUCAAGCUCCCCAUGUCAAUCCGGACGGAAUGCUCGGUGAAUUGUGCAUGAAUGUGGCAGUUACUCUGCGAAAUGGUGGAUCUGUUCUCAUUCCCUGCUAUCCUUCGGGGGUAGUUUAUGAUCUCUUUGAAUGCCUCUCGACGAAUCUCGACAAUGCCGGACUGUCCCAAGUGCCAAUGUUCUUCAUUUCUCCCGUGGCAGACAGUUCCUUGGCGUACUCCAACAUCCUGGCCGAGUGGCUGUCGUCAGGGAAGCAGCACAAAGUAUACAUCCCCGAUGAACCCUUCCCUCAUGCCAUGCUCGUGAAAAAUGCCCGCCUGAAGCAUUUUAAGCACAUCUACUCUGACGGCUUCAGCACGGACUUCCGGCAACCCUGCGUGGUCUUCUGUGGCCAUCCCAGUCUCCGUUUUGGCGAUGCUGUUCACUUUGUGGAGCUCUGGGGCUCAAAUCCCAUUCACACAAUCAUCUUCACUGAGCCGGAUUUCCCCUAUCUCCAAGCCCUGGCCCCCUUCCAGCCUCUGGCCAUGAAGGCCAUCUACUGCCCCAUCGAAACCUCCCUCAACUUCCAGCAAGCCAAUAAGCUCAUCAAAGAACUCAAACCAGGCUGUCUCGUCAUCCCCGAGAGCUACACCCAACCACCCGUGAUGGUGCCCCACAAAGUCGAUCUUGUAAUUGAUCAACUCCCGGACAAGCAACUCAUAACCUUCAAACGUGGCGAAGUGGUAAAGCUUCCGCUCAAACGGAAACGCAAUCGUGUAUACCUCAUGCCCGAAAUAGCCCAGACAAUUGUCCCGCAUGAAGUUCAGCCAGGAAUGAAUGUGGCCAGCAUCACAGGAAUCCUCCAAGUCAAAGACAAUCUGCACGAUAUCAAGCGAAUUGACGAUGGAACCGAGGGCAAUCGUACAUCCUUCAGCCUCAAAGCCUCAAAAUAUGAAUGGGGUGCACUGGAUAUUGAUUUGUUCGUGAAGAAGCUCACUCAGGAUGGAAUAACAGACAUCAAGAUGGAACAAAAUGGAACUGGAGUAGUUAUUAGAUUGCCCAAUGAGGACACAACAAUAGACAUCAAUAACAAUCAGACUCACAUUGUUUGUGGAGGAAAACAGAGCCUGAGGCUGAAACUUCGGGAUUUGCUUCUGCAAUGUGUACAGAGUUUUUAGGUUGUUAAUUUAUUUGAUGCCCAUACAAAUGUAAGAUCAAGGAAGAAAAUUUUAAUAAACCCACUGGACUUUGUAAGAAA